AUGGCGACACACGAGCCUGUCCACGUGUUGGACAAUUACUAUCUCGCCAUCACGCUCCUCAUCACGGUCGCGUACCAGUUAAUCGGCUUCUCCAUCGCCUUCACCUUCAAAUUCGACAAGCUCACCGAUUUCAUGGGCGGUUCCAAUUUCGUAUGGCUAGCGAUCAUCACCCUCGCCAUGUCAGGCACGACGAACGCCCGCCAGAUCGUGACCAGCAUCUUCAUCAUGCUCUGGGCAACGCGUCUCUCCGGCUUUCUGCUCUUUCGGAUCCUCAAAACCGGCAAAGACGACCGCUUCGACGACAAGCGGGACAAAUUCUUCCCUUUCCUCGGCUUUUGGGUCUUUCAGAUGCUCUGGGUAUGGACCGUCAGCAUGCCCGUGACGAUUCUGAACUCUCCGAAUGUGCUUCAGUACCCACAGCCAAGCUUUGGCAAGGCAACGGACAUUGUGGCAAUCAUCUUCUUCGCGGUUGCUUUCAGCAUUGAGGCGUGGUCGGAUAUUCAGAAGUAUCGCUUCAAACAGGGACCUGGAAAGGAGCCUGGUGCAGUUUGCAACGUCGGCCUUUUUAGCUGGAGUCGGCAUCCGAACUACUUUGGGGAGAUCAUGGUACAAGUUUGUAAGUCAUUGAUCAGACUACCAUUUGGUUCUCCGGGACGCUGACAGGAUUCCCAGCAAUUUAUAUCAUUGCCGUCACACCUGCAAGCUACGGCAACGUCCCCUCUGGCUCGGGCGCGUACGCUGCACUCUACGCAUCCUGCGUCGGCUUCAUCUUCCUCACGACCCUGCUCAUGUUCGUCUCCGGCCUGCCGCUCCAAGAGCGCCCAGGCGCGAAGAAGCGGUACGAAAAGGGAACCGGCUGGCCCGAGUAUGAGAAGUGGCUCCACGACACGAGCGUCCUCAUCCCAAUGCCACCUCAACUCUGGUCUCGGCUGCCGGUAUUCAUCAAGAGAACCAUCGGUCUGGAAUUCCCCAUGUAUGUCUUCGAUCCGGCGAAGCAUGCGGAUCUUUCCAAGGUUCAGGAUAGGCAGGCUGAAGAGGGAGAGAGUGGCAACUAG